UCUAUAUAUAGCUCUCUUGCUUUGAUCAGCUCCUCACCUCACUCACAACUGCUCUUUUCUCCCUGAUAUAUUUCACCUCUUUCGAUUUUCUGUUCAUCUUCUUUUUUACUUUUCUUUGAAUCCCAAAUGGCCACUGUUGAGGUUUCAUCAUUUCCAGUAGCAUUGCUAGAGAAUGAGAAAACUGAGGUGCUAGAGCCAGCCACUGAAGAACCACUGUUCCUUCCCCUGUUGGCCUCCACCGUCUGCGGCCGAGGUCCUCUCGCCGGCGGGUGGCAGCCAAUAAAGAACGUCAACGACCCGCACGUGAAGGAGAUCGGUGAGUUCGCGGUAGCCGAGUACAACAAGUCGUCCAAGACCAACCUGAAGUUCGUGCGCGUGGUCAAGGGCGAGACCCAGGUCGUGGCCGGGACGAACUACCGGCUCGACGUGGCGGCCAAGGACGGGGCCGUGACCAAGUACUACGAGGCUGUUGUUUGGGAGAAGCCCUGGGAGAAUUUCAGGAGCCUUACCUCGUUUAAGCAAAUUAAGGGCAGUCACAGUCGGCCCUAAUUAAAGGCGAUUUUGGGUAGCCGGAAUGCAUGUUUGUUUGGAAAUGCUUUGGAUCGGAGUUGGUGAUUUUGUGUGUUUCCUGUAACGUCGAUAUAUAUGUUUUGGUGAAUAAAGUUUAAGAACUGAGUGCUUUUAUUAA